AUGGCUGAACUGGAACAGGACAUCGGGGAGAAGCCAGCAGGUGAAUAUAAACAAGAAGGCACAAAUCCACACUUGCCAACGGACCCAAGUGAUAACAAGAAACCCAGUGACACCUGUCUAGUCAGAAUUCAGAACCCCAAAGAAAAUGACUUCAUUGAAAUUGAACUGAAGAGACAAGAACUGAGUUACCAAAACCUACUAAACGUGAGUUGCUGUGAACUGGGGAUUAAACCAGAACAAGUGGAGAAGAUCAGAAAGCUACCAAACACACUGCUCAGAAAGGACAAAGACAUUCGAAGACUGCGGAACUUUCAGGAAGUGGAACUCAUUUUAAUGAAAAAUGGAAGCUCCAGAUUGACAGAAUAUGUGCCAUCUCUGACAGAAAGGCCCUGCUAUAAUACCAAAGCUGCAAAAAUGACUUAUUAAAUACUCCCAGGAAUGGCCGGGCAUGGUGGCUCACGCCUGUAAUCCCAGCACUUUAGGAAGCCAAGGUGGGCAGAUCACCUGAGGUCAGGAGCUCUAGACCAGCCUGGCCAACAUAUAGUGAAACCCAGUCUCUACUAAAAAAAAUACAAAAAUUAGCUAGGUGUGGUGGCGCACACCUGUAGUCCCAGCUACAUGGGAAGCUGAGGCAGGAGAAUCACCUGAACCCAGGAGGCAGAGGUUGCAGUGAGCUGAGAUUGCGCCACUGCACUCCAGCCUGGCGACAGAGCAAGACUCUGUCUCUCAAAAUAAAUAAAUAAAUAAAUAAAUAAUCAAUCCCAGGAAUUAAAAAACUGAAAUCAUUAUUUCACAAAUAAUGAAGUCUGGAUGCAUAUACCAGUUUGGCUAACUUCAUGUUUGAACUGUGAGAAAUUAUUAUGUUUCGUCAUCUCCAAUUUCUCUGGGCUGGGAGAAGAGUUAAGUUUAGGGUUUUGACAAAUAGCUAUAAAAACCAUCGCAAGGUAUGAUACUUACACCAAGGGCAGUUUAUUUUGUAGAGUUGUGCCCUAAUCCUGAUGUGUGCUUUAUAAGAUUCAGUCAGGACAAAUGGCCAGAGUCUCUUCAGGUGAACCCACAUGGGCAGGGUGAGGUGAUGGUGCUGGGAAAGCCAGGACCCACUUGGCAACACAAGUUCUAUCAGUGUCCGCCCCCUCUCCACCUUUUUU